AUGGUCGAUUCUAAUUUUAGUAGAAGUCCCCACACCGGAGAAUUUUGCUCGAGCAGCCGAAACGAUGACGAAAUUGAGGAUUCACGAUCUGAUGCAGUGAGACGGCUGAAAGGUGGUGAUGAAGCGCAACUCCAGAGUACACCUGUGCUUGCACCUAUAGCCUGUAUUUGCUGCAAUGCAAGAAUAGCUGUUAUUUUGUUAUGUGUGCUAGUUAUUAUAACACAAAUGUAUUAUUUAGUUAUUGUAGAUGAGAUUUUAGUAAAGACAUUCACUGACAAUAUGCUCUAUCGGAUAAUAAACAUUGUUGCUGCACUUGUCGGUAUACUUGGAGUACUGUCUCACAAGUCAUUUCUUAUGGGAGCAAUAUCAGUCGUAUUUCUUGUUGUCGGUCUCUAUUCACUAUUUCAUUGUAUCACAAGACUCAUAUUGAAUGUGAACAGAGAAAGAAAGACAGUUUCACUUAUCGUGGAAAGUAUCAUUUUUGUGGUAGAUAUGACCAUAACCAUGUUUUUCUUCUACUGUAGUUACGCAGCAAGAAAACUCUACAAAUUUCACAAAACUUUCGAAGAAAAGAAAUGGACUACAAAUCAGUUUAAUAGAAAAUUUUAAGAUGUUUUUGAAGUGUCUUGAUAUCUAAACAAUAACUUUGAAAAAAAUUAAGUUACAAUUAUUUUGCUGUGUAUGCCUUACAGAAUCACAUGGUAUACCAAUUAUAUGCAUA